UUAAGUUGGAGGUACUGUAAAGAAUAUGCGGACUUUUGUCGUGUUCCUCUGUGUUUUCGUAGUAUUACUGGCAAUUGUUUCUAACAGAGUAUACCAAAGAUUAUUCAACGUUGCAUUACCAGACGAUUUUCCGAUAAAUUCAACAUGGCAGUUCAAGUUAGUUGGAUUUAGUUUCGUGUUAGCAUGGGACCUGGCUUACAUUGGCUCUUUUGUUGGACUGGGUGAAAACUAUUACUCCAACAUGGCAACUGUGUUAGCAUUUGCAAGUGGAUUGUACAAGAACAAUAGUUACUCUGAUGUUUUGGAAAUAAAUGACACUGAAAUUUUUGGUGUUCGUGUAAGGAUAUACAAGCCAGUGAACAAAACUAAGGGGUCUCCUGAAAGCAAAUCCAAUGAAGAAACUCUUUUACCAGGAGUAAUUUACUUUCAUGGUGGAGGAUGGGCCAUAGGAAGCCUGGAGGGAUAUGACGAUUUCUGCCGUAGACUGGCAGUGUCAGCUCAAGUCAUUGUUGUGAGUUCGGAUUACAGGCAAGCUCCUAAGUAUACUUAUCCAAUCCAGUUUAAUGACUGCUACAAUGUAGCUGUUGGCCUCCUCAACACUGGAAAAGACCACGGAGUUGAUGUCACACGAGUCAUGUUGGUUGGUGACAGUUCUGGAGGAAACUUGGCUGCAGCAGUUUCUCAUUACCUGGCUGAAGUCUCUGAGAUGCAUUGUAGGCAGAAUUAUUUGAAAGCACAGAUUCUCAUCUAUCCUGCUUUACAGUUCCUUGACUUCAACUUGCCAUCAUACACUACCAAUGCAGUCAAUGACAUACUCUCUCAAGAAGAGCAUGUAAAAUUUGUUUCACUAUACCUUAAUGGCUCCACAGACCUCAUGGAGAUUCUUCUGUCUGGGAAUCACUCACAACAUCUCCUUGGAACAAAGUAUAUGGGGUUCCUAAAAAAGUCUACACCAGGCAUUUCAUGGCUUCCACAACAGAAAACAACACUACCACCUGUUGUACUGGAAGCUUUGACCCAAUCUAAAGCAUCUCCUUUAAUAGCAGAAGACUUUAGAGGAGUACCUCCUACUUUUGUUAUUACAGCAAACUUUGACGUUUUAAGAGACGAAGGCAUCCUUUAUGUAGAACGAUUGCAAGAUGCAAACAUUGAAGUCCAACACAAGAACUAUCAAUCUUUUCAUGGGUUUGUGACAUUAGCUGCUGAGGGAGGACCAGCCAGGACAGAUGAGGGGGAUGAGGCAUUUGCUGAUAUAGUACAGUAUGUUAAAGACAUGGUAUCCAGCUAGUUUUAGUAACC